GGGUUAUUACACAUGCUAACAAAAUUUGCUAAUAAUGGAAUUUAAUUUGGUGUGAAAUAAAUAGAAAACAAGAUAGGUACCAGUAUGAAAUUUAAAUAAAUCUUUACAAUGGGAUUAAAGAAACACAUUGAUGACAUUAACAGCGUCAGUCGAGUGGUACGACAAUCCGUGUCAAUUCUUGUUAAUAGCGACAGUCGAGUGGUACGACAAUCCGUGUCAAUUUUUGUAUUUUAAUUAUAAAAUCUUGUAGAACCUGGUCUUGUUUCAGAGUCACUAUGGCAGCUUAGCGUAAAAUGUUGAGCUUACAAAUACCGGCAAAUUUAUUCGCUCUAUCUUACAGGAUGCGUGGAAGGCAGGAGAAAAAAUUUCAUCCUGAUUUUCUUUCAUCCAACUGCAGUGUUUGACGUAAAAAGAACCCCUCUUGGUGCUACUCGAAGGUGACUAUUUCUAUGGCUAAUAAGCGGAUCAAGCGCAAAGUCAAUAGCUGUGGUGGUGGUGCUAUGUCGGCGGGUAUUGGAGCAACGAGUGGGAGGCGUUACUAUGCUGGGUCUAAUGUCUCUAGUGCUGGUUUAGUAACUCCAUCACUAUUCCACUCGUCUGUUGGACGCAUAACCGUGCGCGAGCAAUUAACAGCAAUACGUGGUGCUACCAAACCAAACUCAGGCUCUCACAAUUCGUUCUCAAAAGUAUCUUUAUCCACUUCUGGUAGCCAAUUUAGUAGCAACCGAGGUCUUCAGGGUCGGCGGCUGCAGCGAUUGCAACCGGCCUCAACAAAACCAGCAGUUGCUAAUCAAUUUUGUCUCAAUAGGUGCUAUUCGUCUCAAGGUGCUAACCUCGGUGUUGAAGUAACAGCAGACCCAAUGUCCAAUAACAGUAGUAAACUAAAUCUUAUCCAGCAUUCGUCCCUUCCCAACCCUCCUGCCCAAGUACAAUUAACAGCCCAUUUGAAAUAUCCCAACAAAUUCUGUUCACCUGCAUUGAUCAUGGAGAAUAAAACUUUCGAGAAAAACGUGAUGAACAAAGAUCAAUGUAUAGCUCAGAAAAACGGUUUAAAAGCUACAAAACCCAUUCAAUCAUGUACCUCCGAAGAAUGUGAAGCUGAUCACGAGGUUGCUUUAAUUAAUUCGAGCUUCGGAAUAGUGACUCCUUCUAAAGCUAGCUCCAAGCGUAAACGGUUGAACAGAAAUUCACCCCGGUUCAUUAAAUCCAUCAGAAAGCUACGACUGUCUCCUAGACUGAACAAAAGUCCCGCAAAUUUGCCUAAUAAUUUACAACAGUCAAAAGUGCCGAUACAGAAAAAGGGAAAGAGGAAUCUAAAAUCGGGUUCUCCAUUCAAAGACGAAUAUUCUAACAGGAGAGAACCAAACUGCCUAGAUGCCCUGAUAGAACGACAAAAUAUGCUGAAAAAGAUAGUCGUUACACUAAAGCGAAAGCCGCACCCUCUAACAAACUUGAAAAAAGCUUUAGACCAAGCCAGAAAAGUGAAAGAAGAAAUCCACAGUUUCAACGACUGCUUGAACGAACAAUUCACUGAUUUGAAUCAGUUGAUCUGCUCGACGCCAGAUAUAAAAGACGAAGCUUUGAUCAAUCCGAUUGAAAACCCCAUAAUGCCUAGGAAAUUUGAAACCGAAAGUUCGGCAGAGAUUUUUAGUUUGAAGGAAGAAUUUGAACAAAUACAUAACCAUGAGUUCUUGAAGACAAACAGUGAUAGCAACCUACCACCAUCAGUUUCGGAUUCCUUUGAUGAUUUGAUCCCCGAAGAGUUCAUGAUGGACGAGACUGACAUCCUGGGAAUCUCACUUGACAAUAUUUCGGCCUUUGGAGAUGACAACUUCAACGAACAUGAUUUCGACGAAGAAACUAGAUCCAGCUUCCCAGAGGAGACCACCAAUGUUCAUUUCAACGCUAAACUGAAUCACAUCGGGUGCAAUGAAAACGCAGUGACGUCCACUCAAAACAUGGCAAAUCUACAUCACUUAUCAGUGCAAAAUAUUCGAUGCCCGGCUGGCGAUGACAAUUGCCAGUUCAAACUCAACACAGACGCCAAUAAUGCGAAAGGCGAAUGCUGGACACAUUUGGAUAAGUUAGUUUCUGUGGAAGAAAAUUCAGAGAACGGCGGUCAGGUAUCCCUUCUGACCAAUUCAGGAAACGCACCUGUGAAUAAAAAACCAGUUCGCGUAAUAUAUAACUACAAUAAUAAUAGAGUGGCUGUCCCCAAUCCAAAAAUCGACGUGAGCCUGGAAGGCGAGUGCUCAGUUGCCAGUGACUAUCUUGAGGAUCUGUGGCAAACUCAAUUUUGGGGUCUGAGCGAGAAUGAUGCUGCGGCCUCAACACGCAGAUUAACGAGUGGCACCAGAAGUACAAACAGGACCCCCAAUUUCGCCGAUUUUUUCUCCAAUAUAUCCUGCACCUCAUCUGCCAGAAUGGACUCCCCGCUCCUGUUUUUGAACCCCUCUCCCUCCGACGAAAUUUCUUCAAUGGCAUCUUGAAAAGAGACUACGAUUUUUGUCGAGUCUGAAGAGACUUGAGUGGGUUUUCUAACCGAAGAAACAAUUUAUAAUUAUGGCUGCAUUUUUGGUUCAACGGUAGUAGUUGCACGCUUAUGCUUAAUAUCGUAUCUUAAACUAACCCUUGAGUUCAAAACUUUAAUUAUUUCCGGUAGCUUGAUUAUAUCCGGAUUUUUUUUGUUUGAAUUAUAAGUAUCCUUUUAAUCUCGAAUUAAUGUUUAGUGUGACCACUAACUGACUAGUUUGUGGUUCAAUGAAUGAUAUUAUUUGGUAAUUAAUGUGACCAUAUUUUCGAUGCUCUUUCGCAUCAAGUUCAAUGCAACUAAACUACAUUUAAAGGAAUAAUUCAUAUACUAAAUCAUACGGCGCUUAGGUGAAAGUUUCUAUCUCAGCAAAGUUUUGUAUUCAUUUGUAUUUUCUCUAUUAGUGAUUGAUUUCGGAAGAUUUUAGUGUCAUUUCGUGUUUUAGUGUUACUUUGAUGCUCACGUUUGUUGCUUAUGCGAUUAAGGUCACUAUUUCAAAGUUUAGAAAUACUUUCGUAAAGCUCUCCUCCGUUUUCCACCGAUAUUUAAUUUCAAUUAUAGUUGUUUAGAAGCAAUUGUUGAUAUUUCACGUUUUGUGGAAAGGACGUGGCGGGGGUCAUGUUUCGAUGGUGUAUUCUGCACUUGGUGCUAAAUUUGAGUGCUAUACUGUCCGAGGAUGCUUCGUAGAUUUCGAUGCUAAAAAUUGUACAUUUAAUUAGUGCGUUAGUGGUUGUUUAUUUGUAUGCCCGCUUAGCUAUGGGAAAAACCAGAUAGAGCAGAGAUACCGUUUGAAAUUCAUUUAGGGUAUUUGUGACAUAAUGAUUUGAUAUUAAAGAAACGGUUUUUCUUGCAAAUGUUUCUCUGGUUCCAAUUGAUUCGAGUUUGAAAACCCGUUUCUUCUCUAGUAAUAGAUAAUGCUCUUAGUUCGAUUGUCUAUUCUAAACUAGCGUUCGCUUAGUUCAAUUCAAAUUUCAUUUGAUUAAA